GCCCUCGACGCGCCCCCGCCAGAAUGGACCGCCGCACCCGAGAAAAGCCACGCCGACGGGCUUUACAACGAGGCAUCCGAUGCGGACUACGAGGCCGCUGAGCAGUUCUGCUCCGACCACCCUCCGGAUCCGCCGAGGCUUUUGCCCUCGCACACCAUCGACCGGAUCGCAGCGGUGGGGUGCGCAGCAUGGGGACUCGACUGGCCCAACAACAAGCGAUUCGUCGGGCGGAUAUCGAACUCGUCGGAGGCGAAGGGCGGACAAGCGGUAACGCGCGUCGAGACCGAAGAUGCGUGCGGCGAUACGUGUCUGCUGAGCGACUUUCCCAUCACGGCGGGACUGUACGACACGCGUGGCAAGGCGGGCGUGUACUUUGAGGUGACCAUCGACUGGAUGGACGCAAACGGUGUCAUCGCCGUAGGCACGUCCUCUCGCCCGUACCCAAGCUGGCGCCUCCCGGGCUGGAACAGACUUAGCGCCGGUCUGCACCUCGAUGAUUGCCGCAAGUUCUUCGAAGACCCCGAUGGUGGACGGGACUAUACACCAUUACUCGCGCCAGGCCAAGUCCGCCCGGGCGACGUCGUCGGCUGCGGCCUUGUCUUCCCCACCAGCACCAGCACAUCUUUAUCCUCCGACGCCGGCCCCCGCACGUCCGCGAUCUUCUACACCUACAACGGGAUGCGUCUCCCGGACGCGUUCAAGGGCGUCUACCUCCCGCGCGGCGCGCACGACGUGUAUGCCGCGAUCGGUGUCAGCGGGCGUACAGCGUUAAGCGUUAACUUUGGCGGGGAAACGUUCCGGUGGAAGGAGGGGAACGAGUGGGCGUGGCGCGUCGAGGGGCACGUCGGGCAGCUUGCGGCAGGCCCAAGCGCGGACGAGGAGCUUCCGACAUACAGCCAGGCGCGG